AGCGGUACAUGGCAGUUUAAGCGAGUCUUUCAGAACGAAUAGACGUAUAACAGUUCUUGUGAUUUUGUCUUACAUUAAAUCAACUUAGAAGAAACUUCUCAAACAUUUCCUAUAAUAUUCUUCGGUCGUAACUAAAAAUAUUCGUCUUUUACGUUUAUUCCUUAUGAAAUAACUUGUAUCAGAAGUAGUUAUUUCUCUACUAUCUUGUAAAUAUCUAAUAUUAGAAGUUAAACGUUAACCGAGUAUCGUAAACGACAGUGGAUAUUCGUAGUUAUUCACUUGUCGUUGAGAGUCGACGAAGUUGUUUUUAAUUGAUUAAAGAAUCUGUGCUUGGCUAUCAUCCGUCGGAUAUCCGUCUCGAUAUACUGUGCUGUGAUAUUUGCUUCUCAUCAUUGAAAGACUUAUCAUUAAGGUCAGAUUUUCACUUAAUCAAAGUCGGGAGAUUCUGAACGCUUUCAACCCACAUAUAAUCCGGAAACUUUACUACCGAUAUAUCUCACCUGUCUCUACUGAUGAAAUUCGCUGCGGAUAUUUAUUGGCUACCUAACUUCUCUAAUAUUACAUUAAAAAAAAACUGAAAAAAAUAAGAAGAAUAUAAAUAAAUUAGCAUAAAUUUCUAUAAUUUUUGUAAUAUUUACAGGUGAACGAGACAUAUUACAAAGCGACGAGUUACGGCGAGUCGGUGAGCGUAAUUAACGAAAGAAGAGAAGAAAAUAUUAGCGAUCGUAACAGUGAUAGUGGUGGUGGGUGGGAGCCGAAAGUGAAUAUCAAUCGCGAAAUAAGGAGGAGCGAUUACGACGCAGCUGUGGCGGGUGAGCUGGCUUGCCUCGCGGGAUACAUGGCGGGGUAUCUGAAGGCGGCGGGUGCCACUUGUGCCCCGACCGGAAGUCCUCAGUACCACCCCCACAGUCAUCCGGCAAUGGGAGUUGGAACGCAUCCACAUGCACAUACUCAUCCGCACCCUGGUGCACCACAUCCAGGACUACCAUCCCCGUUUGCUCUUGCUACACACGGACAUCCUCAUCCUCAUCCGUUGGAACAUGGAUUAGCAGCAUUUCCACAAGGAAUGAACCAACGCAAACAACGUCGUGAAAGGACGACCUUCACUAGAGCCCAACUUGACGUAUUGGAAGGGCUCUUCACAAAAACAAGAUAUCCAGAUAUAUUUAUGCGCGAGGAAGUCGCGCUUAAGAUCAAUCUACCGGAGUCAAGAGUACAGGUGUGGUUCAAAAAUCGUCGAGCGAAAUGUAGACAACAACUACAACAGCAACAACAACAACAACAACAGCAACAACAAAACUCACCGUCUAAGGGAUCACCGAGAGCGAGCCAAUCCCAAACAAAUGGAAACCAGAGUGGGAAAAUGGCCGCUACGACCAGCUCGUCGACGCAACCAAGUCGACGUUCAUCACCGGUCUCCCCACCACGUGGAAAGGAGGCACCAAGUACGAACUCGCCGUUGUUAUCGGCCAGUUCGUCUUAUCCACGGCUUGGUGUAACUCCAACCGGUGGAAGUGGUGCCAACAGUGCUCUUACGACACCAUCACCCCCGCUCACACCUGGAUCGAGUCAGCUACCUCCAUCCUCGUAUCCUCCGCCAAUGAACCAGAUUCACCACGGUGAAUACGGUUUCACGUGGAGCUCUGCAUCACCCGGAUCCGUGAAUCCGAGUCAGUGUUAUGCAGGGCAGACUUACAAUGCCUACCAGAAUCCAUACACCAGCGGUGAUUAUUAUCAGACCCAAAUAUCCCACAUGCAUCACAGUCCGCAGGGGAACUAUCACCAUCCCCAAUAUCAUCAUAACAUGGCAUUAACGUCUUCGAUGUCACAUCUUACUACCCAUCAUCUCAAUCCAAGUAGCAGUAACGAGAUGACGAAUACUACUACUGAUAACGAUGGGUACAUUUUGCCCGAUCAAAAAUAUCAGGCGAUGGUAUAGCGCAACACCAGGACCUCAGGGAUAUUUCAUCGUGGACAACAAGAGGCUAUCGGGAGCGUUCCUAAUUCAUCGACGACGGUAUCAUCUUCGGCAUCAUCUUAUCAUUGGCGUAUCAAUAAUGCUCCUAAUUGUCACGAAAUAAACGGUAGUCUCGAUUCUUCCGACGAUAAUUAAUUUCGGUCCACGAUGGAUUCCUUUGUUUAUUCUUCUUUUUCUCUUUUUUAUUCUUUUCCUUUUCUUUUUUCUUUUUCUAAGCUUUUUCAACAGAACCCAAGAGAGAUUCUGUUUUUUCUUUUCGUCGAUUUUUUUUAAGAUCGUCGUAAACAAAAAAGGGAAUUUCAUUAAUUGAUUUUAUUCAUUUUUUUCUCGCGAUUAUUCUUGCUUCGUUAAUAAACGUAAUCUUCACCAUUA